AUGGAAGCUAAAUCAUUUAACCUGCUGUCAGAAGAAUAUGACGACAUAGAAUAUCUCGAACUAUUUGGUAGUGAGUAUCUGGCCCUAGAUAGUGAAUACCAGACAGAAGUCUCUCUUCAGAAAAUCGCGAAGAUAGAAUCACCGAGGGCAACCAUGAAAGCAAAAGCGAAGUACGAAAGGGAAGUAGCCGCGAAGCUCACAAAGUACUCGCUUGAACCAACCUACAACAUACCUGCUUCAGUACGGGCGAUCCCAACUCAGCCUAUCAAACCCGACGCAGCAGUGAACAAAAUCAACCAGCCAACCACCAGCACUGCAGAAUUCAACAGAACUACUAGUGCCGGUAAACAGACCACGGGUGCUUCCGAAGUGUCAAUCAGCCAGCCGCCAACAACUGAGGAAGACACGCCGCCAGUCAAAAGCAACAACCAGCGUCGCAGGGAGAAAUAUAAAGAAAACAGAAAACACAUCCGUCAACAACGAAAACUUAAAAAAUGA